AUGGGAUUAUUAACCGAAGGUACCCCUCUUAGUUGGCAGGAAACAAAAAAAUGGGUUGACCAUGUUAGACGCCAGGGCGUUCUGCAGUUCAUCAAACUUUUUAACAAGCAAAGGAACCGUGGAGAUGACGUUUUGAAGUGGGGAGAUGAGACUGAAUAUAUGAUUAUCAAGUUUGACCACGAGAAGAAAAUGGCACGUAUAAGUCUUCGCUCUGAAGAAGUCUUGGAUCAUAUGAAUAUGUUAGAGAAUUUAGGUAACCUUUCUUCUCUUUGGCGUCCUGAAUUUGGAGCUUAUAUGGUGGAAGCUAUGCCUUCUAAGCCGUACAGUGGUUUGAUUUGUGAAUUGAACAUGGUUGAAAGCAACAUGCGAACUAGAAGAGAAGAAAUAAAACAAGCACUGUAUCAAGAAGAAUCUCUCAUGAGUUUAACUAGUUUCCCAAGACUAGGCUGUGAUGAAUUUAUGGAUCCAGCGAUCAAGGUAUCACUUUAUGAGAAUAACAAAGAAUCCAUUUUCUUUCGUGGUAAAACAAUUAUUUGUAAACAUCCGAAAUUUGGAGCUAUGAAUCGCAACAUUCAGGAUCGUCGAAGAAAGAAAGUUAUAAUUAAUGUUCCAAUAUACAAAGAUCACAAAACGUUAACUCCGUUUCUCGAGAAUCUACAAGAUGGAAAAAAUGAAGGACUUUUAAAAGAUCAUAUCUACAUGGACAAUUUAAUGUUCGGCAUGGGUUGCUGCAGUUUGCAAGUUACACUACAGGCUUGUAACAUUCGAGAAGCCAGAAUUCUCUUUGACCAAUUAGCUGUUUUAUCUCCCAUUAUGAUGGCUCUCAGUGCGUCUUCUCCCGUGUAUCGUGGUUAUUUGUCAGAUACAGACUGUAAGUGGUGCACAAUUGUAAACUCUGUAGAUGACAGAACAGACGAAGAACGAGGAGUAAAGCCCACCACAGAAGACAAUGUAUUCAUUAACAAGGCCCGAUAUAGCGGUGUGAAUAGUUACUUAUCCCCAGAGGGAGAGAUGCUCAAUGAUGUGGAGGUAGUGUUCAACAAAUACGUGUACAAAGAACUGAGGGAUGCUGGAAUCGAUCAUCUUUUAUCUCAACAUGUUGCACAUCUUUUCAUCCGUGAGCCUCUCUUCCUCUUCUCUGAAAACAUCUGCCCCCAAAGUGAAGAUGACAUGUACCAUUAUGAGAACAUUCACUCAACCAAUUGGCAAACAGUGAGAUUGAAGGUUCCUUCUCCUGAUGGUAGCAUUGGCUGGCGGGUGGAGUUUCGACCAAUGGAGGUUCAGCUUACAGAUUUUGAAAAUGCAGCAUAUGCAGUGUUUGUCAUGUUACUGACAAGAGUUAUCCUCUCUUUGAAGUUGAAUUUUCUUAUCCCAAUCUCAAAGGUGGAUGAAAACUACGAAGAAGCUCAGAAAAGAGACGCAGUCAGAUCAAGAACUUUCUGGUUUCAAACAAACUUCAUGAAGGAUAAGAAUGCAUCAGAAGAAACAUGCCAUUCUGAUGGAUCGUAUGCCAAGAUGACCAUGAAUGAAAUAAUUAGUGGUAAAGAUGAUUCGUUCCCAGGCCUUGUUCCUUUAAUCCAGAAGUUCUUGUGUAGUGCAGAUGUUGAGGUUGACACACUUCAUACAUUACAAAAAUAUCUGGAAUUCCUACAACAUCGUGCCUCAGGUAAAUUACUCACAACAGCCCAGUGGAUUCGUGAGUAUGUUCUUGACCAUCCUGACUAUCGACAGGAUUCUGUGGUGACCCAAAGGAUAAACUAUGAUCUCCUGUGUACAGCCAACAGAAUUCAGAGAGGUGAACUCAAGUGUCCAAGGCUCCUUGGAUCAUCUUAACCUUGAAAGAAACAAGUUUUUUUUGCUUUAUAACAUGGAAUAUAGAAUUUAUAAACAUCUCAGUAACUCACUAAAGCAGGGGUCUCCAAAUCAUUUUGGACAUUUUGGGAGGUAGAUCUUUUUAGGCUUCGCAGGCCAGAGGGGGGUCAUGGUAAAAUUAAGUAGGAAUGCAUACAUGAUCAGAAUACAACAUCACUAAUUUAUUUCUCAGAUCAAUCACUUCCAUUUGAACUUCAGGUGGCAGUUCAUAAAUAACACAAUCAUAUUGGUUUUGGAAGAUCCUUAUUUCUGUUGCAAUCGCAUCAAGAUCAGAAAAACGCUUCUUGAACUGUAGUUUCAGGUCAAAAAGGAUAUCCCUGCAAACAUGCGUGGGAAUUUUUUGUUUUUAUAAUAUUAAAAAAUUAUAUUAUUACUUUAAUAGACUGUUGGCAGGCUGGAUAAACCGAAGUUGUUUGGAGACCCCUGCACUAAAGGAUUAUGACUAAUCUUUCCGAGGGUUUUUUUUUUUUGGUACAGCACACAAAUGAAAGAUAUUUGCAAUUGAGUAUAAUUCACUUUCAAUUGAGUGAAAACUUUCCUGAUUUACAAAAAUGUAUUGUUAAAAAAAUUAACUUUAAUUUUAUGAUAGGAAUAAUACUUUCUAAAAUGGAGAUACUCAUUAAUCAUCACUUGAUUUGUACAGAAAUGAGUUUUUAAUGUUAGGGCCAUAAGUCAUUCAUUAUAAAUUCCAUGUUAGAGUGGAAUGCUACUUAAAAGAGUUAAGAGAUUUCUUCAACAUGUGUUUAGAGUCUUUAGAAAGGCAAGUGAUACACUUACCUAUGUUUUUGAAGUAUGCAUAUACUUAGUACCCAUGAGAUGCUCUAAAACCAACUUCCCAGACCAGGUAAAAACUUAUCUACGCAAGAGAGAUCUAAGCAGUAGAUAAAACUAGAUGGGAAAUCUUUCUAACCAGGAGAAAUAUAUGGGACACACUGACCUAAAAGAAAAACUGCUUCAUUCUGAAGCUUAAUUUUCCUAUUUGGUAGAACAAUAAGUCACUGUAUUUACAUAGUCAAAUAUCAUACACCUAAUGAAAUCCUUUCAUCAGAUCAUCAUACAAUAUACAAUGAACUUGACUGAUAAUCUUCACACUGAGCCCAAGAAGAAAUAAUCAAGAACAAAGACCAUUAUGAAGACUCUGCAUUAGCUGAGAGAUCACACAACCUUUAGAGAGUGAUAACAAAAUGCUAUACAGUUUAUUUUUUUUAUUCCCUUCCAAAGGUAUCAGUGUUUUAAAAGACGGUGGGGAGACCAAUUACGUUACAAAAGUAAAAACCUAUGGCAAACAGUAUAGAUUAUUCUUCACCAUGAUUGGCCAAGAGCAUACUGCAUCCUAUAAAAUAUUUGAAGCUAUUGUCUUGAAGAGCCAGCCAACAUAUCACACGACUGUUGGCUGGUUGUUGAGGCUAUUGCUGUACAUGCAUGACUAUGCAUAGAACUUUGUAAGUAACAAUAUAAUGAAAUUUAGGCUUAAUUACAAACAGUUUUCUCAAUCCUGUAAAACAGUUGCUCACAUAUUUGAUCACACAAGAUUUCAGUUACACAUGAAGAGCUGCAGAAAAGAACAAUGAGAGUAUGACUGGAUGAAAUGUCUGAAAUCUUAUUAGCAUUUUAUGUUGAAGUAAGUUUAUUUUACUUUGUAAACAUAUAAAGAGUACAAUCCUUUUUGUACUCGGAUAUUCAUAGAUAAAUUAAUUGAAUUAUUUAGGCACAAUCUUUGAUUAAAUUGAUCAUUUCUCUUAAAAAUAUAAUCACCUACAUAAUGGUCCUAAGCCUUUCGUAACCAUGUUAACAGUACUGAUGUGUAUAGACAAAUAGGCUUCAUGUUCUAGUAAAACAAAAUAGAAAGGAGGACAGAAUAACAAUUAAUGACUAGUAAUUUUAGGCAACAAAUGAUUUGAUACCAGUCAAUAUUUGCAUAUUAUGUGACACAUAAAUGUUCAAUCAUGGAUGUUCCAAAGUAAGAAAUGACAAAAUACAACCUUAGAAGUGAGUCAGGUAUAUUACAAUAGAAUCAAAUUUAAAUGAAGAGAUAACAAAAGAGCAAGUUCAGUAAUAAAUCAAUAUUUUAAACCACAUCAGAAAAAAAAAAUUGACUUCAAAUCUCAAGGGAGCAGAACAAAUUUUAGACAAGAAGCUGAAAGUUUCAACAAAAGCUUACAUAAAAUGACAACCUGCUGUCAAGAAGUAAUAACAACAACAAAAAAAUCAGCCAAUUGUAGGGAGAAAGAUAGCAAAAACUAGAGCAUAGCUUCAUAAAAGUAGCUUCAAAUAUUCAGCUAGAUUCACUAAGACUGCUAAACCAUUUAAUGGAAGAACAGAAGAAAUGGGUAAACAGACAAGCAAUAUUUAAGUACAUAUACUGUUCUUUAUGCAAAGAACCAAGUUAAUGUCAGCCAUAAUUCCUGGGUAUUAUAUACUUUGACUUACAGGGUAUUCCAAAAGUAAUUUCCAAUUGACUGAAUGAAAAAAUGGUACAGUUCUAAAGAUAUUUAUUCCAGAUCAUCUUCACACCUACAUCAGUGCUAAUAUAAAACACCAACAAAGAGCUCAGAAAUUCACAUUAAUUUGUUCCAUGUUAAAAUAAUACCCAACUUUUGGACACCUUGCAGAUUUAAUGUGCUCCAGCUGUACAAAAGAUAUCACCAAGAAAAGAAACGUUAGAAGCAGAAACAGCCUUAGCUAAACCAGUAACACCCGAUAAAAUAUAAUAUAUUGAAGUGAUCAGCACAUAAGGACUGUUUGGAUCAAGAUAAAGAAACCUUGUAACUUAGGUUGGCAAUAUUUCAUCAGUGCCACAUAUGUCUCUCAUUUUUAGGUAGCAGGUUCCAAUCACCUGCAUUCAUGGAGGAAGGGAGGAUUUUAGUCACACUUGGUUAUCUUCGUAAUCAUGGUCAGACAAACAUGUCCAGUCUCCCUGAAUAAUAGCGAGAAAAAGAAUUAUUAGAAAUGUUGCAAGUAAUCUUAUAAAAUUGGAUGGCCAUACAAAUUCCCACUAUGAACCACAUGGCAUCGUGAAGUUUAAAAAUGCUUUGAAACUUAAUGAAUUUAAGCCACAGUUUUAUUGAUAACUUGCUGACAAACCUCUUCAAUGCAAGAGGAAGAAACGGGGGAGUUCAAAUCCAAAUGCCCAUCCCUCUAUGUUACUCCUCAGAGUGCCUUAAAGGUACACACAAAGUUUGGCAACAAUCAAUCCAGCAUUUUCCCAGUUAUGAGCACACACACACACUUUUGCCAAGUAAUAGUUUAGAUUUUGUUCAUGAAAAUUAGCUGAUACUUUUCGAUUUUUGCAGCAUACUUUAUUAUAGUAGCCUUAGCAUACACAGGUCAAUGUUUCAUAUAUUUUAAGAAAAAGGUGACCAUUCACUUACACAGUAUUUCCAUGGAUAAGUCCGAUGUUUUACAAAUUUUUUUACUAAGAAUAAAUAAAUAAAUGAUUAUUUAGACAUUAAUUUGUACGUGUAUUAAAAGUGUGAUUGAUUUGAAGAAUAGAGCCUGAAUGAAUCUCAACAUACAUUAAUAGGAAAGGCUAGCAGUUUUUGUAUCUCGGCAAGGAUUUGGUAGUGCUAUGCUCAAUUGUCUUGAGAGUCAUCAGUAUGAUGUUUCUCUUCUCCUAAUCAACUUUUCCAUUUAUUUCAAUUUUAUUAGUAACAAUUUGUUUAAAUUUUAUUAACUUGUGUGUCCUUGGUUCAUGAUUAGUUGUUAUACUCAUUAAUUGCGAGUUACUAAUGGCAAUCUACUGAAGCACUUUUUGGUUGAACACUUGUUUUAUUGACUCGUAUUUUAGUACAUAAAGUCAUGGUUAUUAUAAUAGAAUUAUUAAAUGCCAAUCUUAAGAUUCUUGAAAGUUAGAAAUGAUACUAAUAUAUAAAUGUUAGUAGGGUUAGUAAGAUGAGUGUUUUAGAAGUAAGCGAGGUAUAUAGUUACAUCAAAGUAAUCCCAGUCAUUUUCAAGAUAUUCUUCCCAUAACUUUUUGAAAACGUAAUGCAUAAGGAAAGAAGUUCACUAUUCAAUAGGUUUUAUCUUGUUUGAAAUAAUAAAUUAUUUCUACUUUAAUUAUACAAAUUUAUUUAACUUUACAAUUGAAAUGUUUUAUAACAUCUACUGUUUUGAACCUUUGGUAUUUAUUUUAAUACUUACAUUUCAAUUAACUGCUGACAGACGUCUAUACCGUUCACUUUGUGAAAGGUGGUUAUUCAAUGGCUGUCUGUACAGUUCAUACUGUGAAA